AUGCAGUGUUUAGACUGUAGACAUGCCAAAGAAAAAACACAUUUGCUUUCAGAGGCCGCCUGGGGCCUCGCAGGGGCUGAGAAGGAAGGGCUGCGCCAACUUUUUGGAGAGAAGUGGAGAACACAAGCGUGCUCCACCCUCGCCUGUCCUCCACCUGGGCCCACGUCCCUGGGGGAGAUUGUGACCAGGGCCAGUGGAGCCUGGCUGGAGAGUCAGGGGCACCGUGAGGACAAGGGGGCCUUCAGGGGGAGAGGGGACCUCUGGUUCUGGCCUGCAGGGGACGUGGGUCCUUGCCGAAGGGCUCUGAGAGGCACCCCAGUCCACUGGAUCCCCAGGUCCCCCACCCCCUGUGGCAUAACCAACCUGUCCACCCAGACUGGGAAGUGGGAUACCAAGGCUGAGCCCACAACAGCCAAGGAUGGCCACAUGAAGAGAAGAUGCACAAAGUCCUUGAAAAUGGUGGUUGUCUCUCAGCUCCAUGGACCUUCCCAGAAGGAGCCCCCAGCAAACAUCUCGCUGGUGAAGAGUGUCUCCAACCUCUGCAAGGCUUGUGGAGCAGUGAGCUCUCCGGGGGCCUGUGUGGGGCCCGGAAGUGAGAGCCUGUCUGGCUGCUGGCAGCUGGUACCCCCCAUGCCUAGCUCCUUUACUGAGGAAUCGGGAGUGUUCGUGAAGAAGUGGAAGAAACCCAGACAAGCCCCCUCGCGCCUGGUGUUUACAGUCUGCGAGUGCUCGUGGCCACUUCUGCAGCCCUGGCAGGGCCGGCUAGACUCGCCUAUCCUGCCCACCCUCGUUAACUGGCACAGGAGGAUCUUCCCUUGCUGGCCUCACACGCUGUGCCGCUUCCGUCCCUUCCAGCUCAUUAGCGCAGGCAUGAAGGCGCCCGGCCUCCUCCUGCCCCGCACUGGGCCCACAGCCCCUUCGCCCCCAGUCCUGUGCGCUUCCCGCUCCCAGAGCCUUCGCCAGCCCAUAGCUCGUCUCACUGUGAAGGCAGUCUCUUCUGAGCCCGAAACUGUCAUUGCCACAGCUGUCAAGCCCACGUCCACAGCCUUUUCCUCCUGGGCCCAUGGUCCCUGUGCAGCCUUCCAGAUCCUGGAUAGACCUGUGUGCGAUGCCUCGCUGCAGGCUUUCUCCCGGCCACCUCUGGAAGGAGAAGCCCAAAGUCGUGGUGUGAUGAGCUCAUCCAGCAGCUGCCAAGGACGUGAUGUGGGGUUUUGGUGGUCUCUGGCUGCCAACAGGAGUCCGGCAAGAAGUGAGAAGCAGCAGGGCUGCCCUGGCAGUGCAGCCAACCACCAUCCCCCUCGGGUGUGCAUGUCGGACAGACCUUUCCCUUUGGCAUCUCUGUCCCUCCUUUGGACUCUCCAGGGCUUUCCAGAGAGGAUUUUCCUCCCCAGGCCCAAGAGAUGGGUUUCUCUGCUGCUCGGGCUCUGGGACAGCGGUGAGCAGUGCAGGCAGGCUGUCUGCUGCAGUGCCGUCGGUGUGGAGGUGCAGGCCCAGACACAGGAGGUUGAAGAAGGUGCCAGGGUACCCGCAUGCCUGGGCUUUAGGCUCCAGGGCGGGAUGAGGGGAAAUCUGAGCUGGUUGUUGGGGUACCCAGCAGGGCACACACCAGAAGCCUCGGGUUUGAGCAGUGGCCCCUUCCCCGUACCCCAGCGGCAGGGGCUCCGGUCACCCUGCCAGGAGGACUUCAUGGAGCUGGGAACCGAGCUCCUGAAGGUGUGGCCCAAAGAGGCCACCAGGAGGAACGUCUGCGGGGGACAGUGCUGCCCGGGAUGGACGACGGCAAAUAGCACCAACCACUGCAUCAAACCUGUGUGCCAGCCGCCGUGCCAGAACCGCGGCUCCUGCAGCCGGCCCCAGCUCUGUGUCUGCCGCUCGGGCUUCCGCGGGGCCCGCUGCGAAGAGGUCAUUCCUGAGGAGGAGUUCGACCCCCAGAACGCCAGGGCUGCACCCCGGCGCUGGGCCCAACGGUCACCCCACCUGCGCAGGAGCAGCGCGGCCAGGACACCGCUGCUGGCGCUGCAGCCGUCACCGGCUGGAAGUGCCCUUCCUUCUCCCUCUUCUCCUCCUUCCCUGACCCCAAGUGGGCUUAGCCAGGUCCGCCCCUCCCAGCAGCACGUGGGGCUGUCCCGCACCGUCCGACUUUACCCAACUGCUACGACCAGUGGCCAGCUGACCUCCAAUGCCCUUCCCUCAGGGCCAGGCCUUGAGCAGAGAGAUGGCACCCUGCACAUGGCACAUACGGACCACCCUUCAGCCCCCUGGGGGCUGAACCUCACGGAGAAGAUCAAGAAGAUCAAGAUUGUCUUCACUCCCACCAUCUGCAAGCAGACCUGCACCCGCGGGCACUGUGCCAACAGCUGUGAGCGGGGCAACACCACCACCCUGUAUAGCCAGGGCGGCCAGGGGCACGACCCCAAGUCUGGCUUCCGCAUCUAUUUCUGCCAGAUCCCCUGCCUGAACGGGGGCCGCUGCGUCGGCAGGGACGAGUGCUGGUGCCCUGCCAACUCCACCGGGAAGUUCUGCCACCUGCCUAUCCCACAGCUGGACAAGGAGCCUCCGGGAAGGGGCUCCCGCCACGGGGUCCUGCUGGAUGCCCCCCUGAAGCAGUCCACCUUCACGCUGCCCCUCUCCAACCAACUCGCCUCCGUGAACCCGUCGCUAGUGAAGGUGCACAUCCACCACCCGCCCGAGGCCUCCGUGCAGAUCCACCAGGUGGCCCGGGUGCGCGGCGCAGGCGGGGAGGCCCUGGAGGAGAAUAGUGUGGAGGCCAGACAAUCGUCCCGGCCUCCUGCUGGCCCCGGCCUCUGGGACAGCAGCAGCCACGGUGCCCCUGACCAGCUUGGGGAGCCCCUUCGGCCACUGCCCCCGGCGGCACCCCGGCCCCAGAUGCUGCUGGGCCGGUGCUACCCCAGCGCUGCACACGGACAGUGUGCUGACCCCCUGCUGGAGCUGACAACCCAGGAGGACUGCUGCGGCAGCGUGGGCGCCUUCUGGGGGGUGACUGCCUGUGCCCCAUGCCCACCCAGGCCAGCCUCCCCAGUGAUGGAGAAUGGCCAGCUAGAGUGUCCUCAGGGGUACAAGAGACUGAACAUCACUCACUGCCAAGAUAUCAAUGAGUGCCUGGCCCUGGGCCUGUGCAAGGAUGCGGAGUGCGUGAACACCAGGGGCAGCUACCUGUGCACGUGCAGACCUGGCCUCAUGCUGGACCCGUCACGGAGCCGCUGUGUGUCGGACAAGGCUGUCUCCAUGCUGCAGGGACUAUGCUACCGGUCGCUGGGGCCUGGCACCUGUGCCCUGCCCUUGGCCCAGAGGAUCACCAAGCAGAUCUGCUGCUGCAGCCGCGUAGGCAAGGCCUGGGGCAGUGAAUGCGAGAGAUGCCCCUUGCCUGGCACAGAGGCCUUCAGGGAGAUCUGUCCUGCUGGCCACGGCUACACCUACUCCAGCUCAGACAUCCGUCUGUCCAUGAGGAAGGCCGAGGAAGAGGAGCUGGCCAGGCCCUCAAGGGAGCAAGGGCAGAAGAGCAGGGGGACCCUGCCUUGGCCGGCAGAGAGGCAGCCACUCCGGGUGGCCACGGAGACCUGGCUGGAGGCUGGAACCGUUCCUGACAAGGGCAACCCUCAGGCCAGCCAGGUCACCACCAGUGCCACUCACAUGUCUGCCUGGGUCCUGGGGGAUGCUAGAGGAAGACCAACACCACCACCCCCUGAACAGGAGGUCCCAGAGAUCCAGGAAGAAGAGCAAGUGACCCCCUCUGCUGAGGUGCUGGUGACUCUGGGCACCCCAGACGUCGACAGAUGUGCUGCUGCAGCCACCAACAUCUGUGGCCCCGGAACCUGUGUGAGCCUCCCGGACGGGCACCGCUGCAUCUGCAGCCCUGGCUACCGGUGGCACCCCAGCCAGGUCUACUGCACGGACGACAAUGAGUGUCUGAGUGACCCCUGCAAGGGAAGAGGGCGCUGUGUCAACCGUGUAGGCUCCUACUCCUGCUUCUGCUACCCUGGGUACACACUGGCCACUUCGGGGGGCACACAGGAGUGCCGAGACAUAGACGAGUGUGAGCAGCCAGGGGUGUGCCGCGGGGGGCGGUGCACUAACACCGAGGGCUCAUACCACUGCGAAUGUGACCAGGGCUACAUCAUGGUCAGGAAAGGACACUGCCAAGAUAUCAACGAGUGCCGUCACCCAGGCACCUGCCCUGAUGGGAGAUGUGUCAACUCCCCCGGCUCCUACACAUGCCUGGCCUGUGAGGAGGGUUACCGGGGCCAGAGCGGGAGCUGUGUAGAUGUGGAUGAGUGCCUGACCCCUGGGGUCUGUACCCAUGGGAGGUGCAUCAACCUGGAAGGCUCCUUCAGAUGCUCUUGCGAGCAGGGCUACGAGGCCACCGCAGAUGAGAGGGGCUGCCAAGAUGUGGAUGAGUGUGCCAGCCGGGCCUCGUGCCCCGCGGGCAUCUGCCUCAACACAGAGGGCUCCUUUGCCUGCUCCACCUGCAAGAGCGGGUACUGGGUGAAUGAAGAGGGCACCGCCUGUGAAGACCUAGAUGAGUGUGCCUUCCCGGGAGUCUGCCCCUCGGGGGUCUGCACCAAUACCAUCGGCUCCUUCUCCUGCAAGGACUGUGGUGGGGGCUACCAGUCCAGUCCCCUGGGCGACACCUGUGAAGAUGUGGACGAGUGUGAAGACCCCCAGAGCAGCUGCCUGGGAGGCGAAUGCAGAAAUGCGGCAGGUUCCUACCAGUGUGUCUGUCCCCAGGGCUUCCAGCUAGCCAACGGCACUGUGUGUGAGGACAUGGAUGAGUGCAUGGAGGGGGAGCGCUGUGGCAGCCGCGGCGAGUGCCUCAACAGCCACGGCUCUUUCUUCUGCCUGUGCACACCCGGCUUUGCCAGCACAGAGGGGGGCACCAGCUGUGAGGAUGUGGACGAAUGUGUGACUGCAGACCUGUGUUUGGGAGGGUCCUGCAUCAACACUGAGGGUUCCUUCCACUGCCUGUGUGAGCCUGGAUUCCAGCCCUCCCCAGAGAGUGGGGAGUGUGUGGUCCCUUCUCGUGGCUCUGGGACGGAUGUUGACGAGUGUGAGGACUAUGGAGACCCAGUGUGUGGGGCCUGGCAGUGCGAGAACAGCCCUGGUUCCUACCGCUAUGUCCUGGGCUGGCAGCCUGGCUUCCACAUGGCCUUGAACAGAGACUGCAUUGAUGUAGACGAGUGUGCCAAUGACACUGUGUGUGGGAGCCAUGGCUUCUGUGACAACACCGAAGGCUCCUUCCGCUGCCUCUGUGACCAGGGCUUUGAGAUCGCACCCUCAGGCUGGGACUGUGUGGACGUGAAUGAGUGUGAGCUCAUGCUGGCGGUGUGCGGGGCGGCGCUCUGCGAGAACGUGGAGGGCUCCUUCCUGUGCCUCUGUGCCAGCGACCUGGAGGAGUAUGACGCACAGGCAGGGCACUGCCGCCUGCGGGUGGCUGGAGGUCAGAGCAUCCCUGAGGCCCCACCAGGGGCCCACACCCCAGGCUCCAGCCGCACGGAAUGUUACUCAGGGCAGAAUGGCCACCCACCCUGCUCCCAUGUCCUGGGCCGGAAUACCUCUCAGGUCGAAUGCUGCUGCACCGAGGGCACCAGCUGGGGAGAGGCCUGUGACCUCUGCCCAUCUGAGGACUCAGUUGAAUUCAGCGAGAUCUGUCCCAGCGGCAAAGGCUACAUCCCUAUGGAGGGAGCCUGGACCUUUGGACAGACCAUGUACACAGAUGCCGACGAGUGUGUGUUGUUCGGGCCCGGUCUCUGCUCCAAUGGCCAGUGCCUCAAUACAGUGCCUGGCUACGUGUGCCUGUGCAACCCAGGAUACCACUAUGACACCUCCCGUAGGACGUGUGAGGACCACGACGAGUGCCAGGACCUGGCCUGUGAGGACGGCGAGUGUGUGAACACCGCGGGCUCCUUCCACUGCUUCUGCAGCCCCCCACUCACGCUGGACCCCAGCCAGCGGCGCUGCGUCAAUAGCAGCACAGAAGACCUCCCUGACCAUGACAUCCACAUGGACGUCUGCUGGAAGAAGGUCACCCACGACAUAUGCAGCCAGCCCCUGCGUGGGCACCGCACCACCUACACCGAAUGCUGCUGCCAGGAUGGCGAGGCCUGGAGCCAACAGUGUGCCCUGUGCCCACCCCGAAGCUCUGAGGUCUAUGCUCAGUUGUGCAAUGUGGCCCGGAUCGAGGCAGAGCGCGAAGCUGGGGUCCACUUCCGGCCGGGCUAUGAGUAUGGCCCUGGGCCCGAUGACCUGCACGACGGCCUCUAUGGCCCCGACGAGGCCCCCUUCUACAAUUACCUGGUCCCAGAAAACACCGUUCCUGAGCCUGCCUUCCCCAACACGGCUGGCCACGGCCGCACACCGGUCCUCGAGUCUCCCUUGCAGCCCUCGGAGCUCCAGCCCCGCUACGUGGCCAGCCAGCCAGAGUCCCUGGCCAGCUUUGAGGGGCUCCAGGCGGAGGAGUGUGGGGUCUUGAACGGCUGUGAGAAUGGCCGCUGCGUCCGCGUGCGGGAAGGCUAUACCUGCGACUGCCUGGAGGGCUUCCAGCUGGACGCAGCCCACAUGGCCUGCGUGGAUGUGAAUGAGUGUGAUGACCUGAACGGGCCUGCCGUGCUCUGUGCCCACGGUUACUGCGAGAACACAGAAGGCUCCUAUCGCUGCCACUGUGCCCCAGGCUAUGUGGCUGAGGCAGGCCCCCCACACUGCACUGCUGAGGAGUAGCCUGAGGGCUCCGUGUGGGCAGACACCUGGAAGUGGCCCCAGCCAAAGGCGGGGCCUGGAGAAUGCUUUCCCAGCUGGGA